AUGUCGAGUCGAGCGCGAGAGACAGGAGCGUAAGCUUGUCCGCGAUCGUUUGUCCGCGUUCGACAGGUCUUUCAAAUAGCGUGCGUGUAAUCGGUGGACGGUAGAGCGUAGGGAUAUAAAUUGUAUUCGUAUAACCAGUUUCGAAAUAAAAGUUUGUUGGAAGGCCUGGGGAGCGAAAGGACUGCGGAGGGGACUGCAGUUAAUACGGGGCUUGUGUGUGGGCAUAUAAUAGCCGAUCGGGCAUACUGGUGACACGGCUGCGGAUUUUUCCUUCGGCAAGAAGGAAGGAACAUACGAAGCUCGCAAAGUGCAUGUGCUAGUGUGCGUGUCACUAUAAAAGAGUUCAGAGCCGCUUCGGCGGCGCUCCCAAAUCUAACUGCAGAAUUGAGUCUGUGGUGGUGAGGCCGCGGUACUAUCGGGCCACGAUUGAGUACGAUCACGAUCGCACGCGGCAGGGCCGUUUGUAAUGGAGGAGGUUUCCGAGUGUAUUCCCGUGCGACAGAACAGUCACGGCGAUGCACGCCGUAUUGACUGAGACGCGAUAUUUAUCGUUGACUAUUCCCCCCGGCCGGCCGGGCAAGAGAGGCAGGUCGAAAUUGGUAUGGAAUCGUCCAGGGUCCUCGACACGACGAACACUCGCUCCCGUCUGUGAUAACCACUAGCCGCUUAGAAAGAGAUAGAAGAAGGGAGAAAAAGGAAAGAAAGAGAGAUAGAAAGCUGUUGUGUAUUUUGCGCGUGUGUGUUCUCCUCGUCUGCCCUCUUCAUUACGUCUUUAAGUGUAAACAUUUCUCGAAAUCCGUUUCGAGGUUAGGAUAGCAUGGGGAUUGAUCCCCUGAAGGCAUCGACCGACGAACCGUGACACCUGCGACUCGCGUCGUGUACGCGGUGUGUGCUUUUGUGUGUGCGUGCGUGUGUGUAUUCCUCCUUAGGAAACCGCUGGGAGUUAUUAUUUUCCAUCGGCGGCCAUCCAACGGGACGACCAAAGAAGAAAAUAUGUCAAGAAUGGGGAUCGAUCCCCGACGAUUAAACGCCGUGCAUCGUUUAUAUAAUUAAUUCGACUAAUACAAGACUAACAUCGGCAACGUUUUUUUUUUUACCGUACAAUCGACCUUUUCUGUCACGUUUAAACAGACUGUCGCAGAUUACUCUGCCACGACAGAGGACACUCGCACCAUGCAGAAAAGAGACGGUAGAGACACACAGCUACAGCUCGCGCGUAGCUCUGAACGCGAACAGGAAACGACCAAGAGGAUCUCUCGUGGUAGCGGUAAUGCUACCAGAUUCAACGCGUAUUCCUCAAGGUAUAGUGUCACCUCCUCCUCUAAUGUACUCAUGGUCGGUCCCAACUUCCGUGUCGGCAAGAAAAUUGGAUCUGGCAACUUUGGAGAACUUCGACUCGGGAAGAACCUCUACAAUAACGAGCAUGUAGCGAUUAAAUUGGAACCAAUGAGGUCAAAGGCGCCGCAGCUACAUUUAGAAUAUAGGUUUUACAAAUUAUUAGGUACACAUGAGGGUAUACCAGAAGUAUACUACUUCGGUCCUUGCGGGAAGUACAAUGCUCUGGUAAUGGAACUUCUCGGACCGAGUCUAGAGGACCUAUUCGACCUCUGCGGUAGGAGGUUUACCCUAAAGACCGUUCUCAAAAUCGCCACACAGAUCCUUCAUAGGAUAGAAUACGUUCAUAGUCGGCAUUUGAUCUACCGUGAUAUCAAGCCGGAAAACUUCCUGAUAGGACGAUGCACAACCAAACGGGAAAAGAUUAUCCACAUCAUCGAUUUCGGACUGGCCAAAGAGUACAUAGACCUGGAGACGAACAAACACAUACCGUACCGGGAACACAAGAGUCUGACGGGCACAGCGCGUUAUAUGAGCAUCAACACGCAUCUUGGAAAAGAGCAGAGUAGAAGAGACGACCUAGAAGCGUUAGGGAACAUGCUGAUGUACUUCCUGCGCGGUAGCCUUCCGUGGCAAGGGCUGAAAGCGGACACGUUGAAAGAACGAUAUCAAAAGAUCGGCGAUACGAAGCGGAACACGCCGAUCGAGGUUCUCUGCGAUGGACAUCCCGAGGAAAUGGCUACGUACUUGCGGUAUGUGCGUAGAUUGGAUUUCUUCGAGACGCCCGACUACGAGUACCUGAGAAACCUUUUCCACGACCUGUAUGAGAAACGAGGUUUUGUCGACGACGGAGAAUUCGACUGGACUGGCAAGACGAUGCCACACAACUUCGAUCAACUUAGAGCUCUGAGGAUGGCUCCUCCCUCUCACAUUGGAAAGACUAAAUCUGAUAAGUCCACACCUGUUGGAUCCCUGCAGACUGGACAAGAGAUUAUUGUAUCUCCGAAUCGUGAUCGGCACCCGUACAAGGAUGUGACAGAGCCAGGGGUGGGAGGCGGGGGCGGUAAAUGGGUGGGAACCUCGAGGACAGAUACUGCGAAGCAAUCAGGAGCUGGUGGUACAUUGACACCCGCUGAUAGGCACGGUUCUGUACAGGUGGUGUCCUCGACGAAUGGAGAACUAGCCAAUGAUGAUCCUACUGCAGGACAUUCUAAUACGCCAAUCACAGCACCUCAAGAAGUGGACAUGGUCGACGAAACCAAUGUUUGGUUUAUUUGCAGAUGCUGUUGUUUCUUCAAGCGGAAGAAGAAGAAAAGUGGAAGACAAAAGUGACUGUCUGUUAUCGUCAGUCUUGGGGGGGACAAUACAGUGCGCGUGUAACAGAAGUGCAGAUAAAGUUUUUUUUUGGGAAACGUGUUGCGGCAGUGCGCGAAGAAACCCGUGGACAAGAAAAAGCUGCAGUUGAUCCGGAAUGAGGGAGGCCGUUACCUUGCUACAUGCCGGAAGUCGACCCGCUUCUCAAGAUUCGGUGCUGCACACCAUCGUCACGAUGUCAUGUCGCCGUCGUUAUCAAAUUAAAACCACCACACAGCCAUCAUUAUUACUGCUAUUAUUAUUGCUAUUAUUAUCGUUAUUAUUACCACGAUUAACUUUGCUCUUCUUCUUUUCGUUCUUACAAUUAUUAUUACGAUUAUUAUUAAUAUUAUAUUAUUAUUAUAUUAUUUUAUUAUUUUAUUAUUAUUAUCGUUUAGCUGAUUAUUAUUGUCACUUCGUCUACGAUCAUCGUUUAAAACGAAUCAAACAUCGUUUAUUAACGUCGAUGUUACCGAAUACACUGUAAACUUGUCACUGCUGACUGAGGAUAAUUUUAACCGUCGAUCCCAACCGUUUAGUACUGGUAAAUCGCUCCACCUACGUUACUAUACGCGUAUAACAGUAAGGAAUUGACGUGCCGAUGGUGAAAGAACGCGUUUUGUGCCUACGACUCCUUCAUCUUGUACCGCGGUGGCGCACUUUUCAACACGCCGUCAUUGCAAAAAUGUGUUACGAUACGUGUAUUAAAUCGUAAAAAAAAAAAAAAAAUUGAAGCUGAGAUCUCAUUUUACUCAAAGUCCCGGAUAACGAGCGUAGCGUACUCCUGCUUGUAUCGAACUUUAUAAACAAAUUACUUGUGAAGUCUGAUCGACUGGAAAGGCAUGAAACUGAAAAGGUAAACGCGUUCGCGUAUGCUUAACUCCGAUCAGUUACAAGCACGUUCAGUAGGACAACGUUUUUCAAGUUCGUGAUCGUUUCAGUUAACUUUUUCUUAUUUUCCCUUCGACGAUCACGAGAAGCAGACGAUCGAGUAGGAUUGAAAUUCACGUAUCAUUUUCGCGCGUAUCUUUCGAUUUCAUCGUUUCACAUUCGAAUCUUCCAAACGUUUUGUCUUUUCGCCGACGCUGAGAGUUUGACAAGUAGUUUCUUGUUUAAUGGAAGAUUAUAUCCUUUUAAGUUCAUCUUGUACGGUACACGAGGUAUAACAGUAUUAACGCUAUCUGUAGGUAGCAACGGAUACGUGCUAAAUUGCACUCACCGUAUUUUAGUUAACAAUUUUUAACUAAUUUUAUUUUACGCCUACACUGCCUGUCGUUAUUCUAUAUAAGUACACGAUUAUACGUGAAAACAUUACACUGACUGUACAUAAAAUAUAUCGAGAACUAUUUUGCUACGGAGCUGCAUAUGCUUUAUAUCGAUUGUUUUAGUUAGUCGCAUAUCAUUUACCGAGCUUCGUAUAACAGAGUGACUGUUCAAAUUAUCAAUAUAUAUCCUGGAAAUGGAGCGAUAUAAAAGUGAUCGUAAUUCUAAGCAGUUCGAUUUCGGUUUCAUGCCUUCCGUGAAUUUAUCACGUAAAAGCUAUACGUCGCAGAAAUCAUUCAAAUUACAUUUUACAUAACAUAUCGAAACACAAAGAAAAGAGAAAUUACAAAUUUUCCUCUGUAGAUUCUAAUAUCUACCGUGAAAAUUGAAUAGGACGUAGAUCAACAAAUUAUACACAUGUAUUCGACACAGUUGAUCCGUGUUCUACCCAAAACACGAAGAUUCGGGAAACUUUCUUGAAUCGUAUCUUAGCGUCUAUAAAAGGACUCGUUCAUUUCGGAGUAAUUUUUUUAUUCUUGAAACACACGUGUUUAAACAAAGAUAAUUAUUAGAAAUGUAACAAAAAAAAA